UUAGAACACAAGACUUUUUUUUUGAGGGAAUAUUACUCCGUAUAACACAAGAGUGACAAGACUGCGAACUGCGAAUCACCAAGGUCGAAGAGGGUCGAGGGACUACCGGAGCUGCGGUGGAGACAAGAAACCCUGCCGACCUGCGGCCACCAGUUGCGCCGCCUCCCUCCGUCCACGUUCCACGGCCCUGCGUCAGCGGUCUUCCAUCUCCGGCUCUCCGAGUAACCAGUCCGAGUCUCUCCUCUGCGGCUGCCGGCUGCCUCCAGCUCCAGAGUCUGGGCCCUGUGCACGACGCCAAAUUUCUCCCCCAUUAGUGUGCCUCUUAUAGUGUAUAUCUUUUGGAUGUUGCAACCGUUGGUGCCGUCAUGCAACCAGAAACUGUUUCUGUUCAGAUAACCUGGUCGUCUUCAUUUUAUGCCCUUUGCGGAUAGUUUGCUACCCAGAAACUUUUCUCUUUCACAAGUUGAAAAAUUCAUACCCAAGAAGUGGCGACAAUGUGUUAAAGUGUCAGACAUUAAAAAGAAUAUUGAAUCCCUUGUUUCUAGUUCUCAUGAACCAAUUUUAAGGACUAAAGUACCCUAUGAUGAAUCAAUGGUGGAUUGCUUACUAUCAACCUUGAAGAAUUUUGCAAGUGAAGGCCAUUUAUUGAAAGCUUUUAGAACUUUUGGUCUUAUUCAGUUGAAUGUACCCUCACAAUCUCCAUGCCACACAGUGCUACAGUCCUUAUCAUCUCUCUUCCAAUGUUGCACGGAACUCAAGUCAUUUAGUGAGGGCAAACAGCUACAUGCCUAUGCUAUUACUUCUGGUCUUGCACACCAUGCCAUGUUGGUUCCUAAAAUAAUCACCUUCUACACAACAUUUGGUUUACUUCUUGAUGCUCACAAAGUGACUGAAACAUCCAAUGUUUUGCAUCCUUUGCCAUGGAACCUUCUCAUUUAUUCCUAUGUAAAAGUUAGGCAGUAUGAUGCUGUUCUAUCUGCUUAUAAGCAAAUGGUAAGUAAGGGAAUCUGGCCUGAUAAUUUCACCUAUCCAUCCGUUCUCAAGGCUUGUGGAGAACAGGCGAAUCUUUCUUUUGGAAGGGAGGUUCACAAGUCUAUAGAUGCUAGUUCUUCGAAAAGAAACAUGUUUGUUGAUAACGCUUUACUGUCAAUGUAUGCUAAGUGCGGGGAACUGGAUAUUGCUUGUCAGAUCUUUGAACGAAUUCUAGUUAAGGACGCUGUUUCUUGGAACGCGAUGAUUUCUGGAUAUGCCUCUAAUGAUAUGUGGAGUAAAGCCUUUGAUCUUUUUGAAAGAAUGAUUUUUAAAGGUAUUGAGUUGAAUAAUAUCACUUGGAAUACCAUAGCUAGCGGGUGUACAAAAACGGGCAACUUUGAAGGUGCUUUUGAGUUGCUCUCCCGGAUGAGAAAUUGCGGGUUUGUGUUGGAUCCUGUGGCUGUUCUUAUAGGUCUAGGAGCAUGUUCUCAAACUGGUUUGAUAAGGAUUGGGAAAGAAAUUCACUGUUUGGCCAUUCGGAGUCAUUUUCAGGAUUUUGAUAAUGUAACAAAUGCAUUGAUUACCAUGUAUGCUAGAUGCAAAGAUCUAAAACAUGCAUAUACUAUAUUUCAGUUGAAAGAGAGUAAAAGUAUAGUUUCCUGGAACUCCAUCAUAUCUGGAUUUGCACAUUGCGGUAGAUAUGAGGAAGCCUCAUUCUUUUUUCGGGAAAUGUUGCUUUGCGGAUUUAAACCAAAUUAUGUGACAAUAGCAAGCAUACUUCCAUUAUGUGCUCGGGUUGCGAAUCUCCAACAUGGAAGAGAGUUUCACUGCUAUCUCUGUAAGCAUGAAGGGUUUGAGCAACAAUUGAUAUUAUGGAACUCUCUUCUGGAUAUGUAUGCAAGAUCAGGAAAAGUGUAUCUAGCCAAGAAACUCUUUGAUUCCAUGAGCAAGAAAGAUACAGUGACAUACACUUCAUUAAUAGCUGGAUAUGGUGUCCAAGGAAAUGGAAAAGAAGCGAUUAGACUUUUCAUGGACAUGAUUAGGUCCCACAUAAAACCAGACCAUGUCACCAUGGUUUCCAUAUUAUCAGCUUGUAGUCAUUCUGGUCUUUUAGACCAGGGAGAGAAACUUUUUGAACUGAUGCAAAGCGUUUACGGCGUAACUCCUCAACUGGAGCAUGUUUCCUGUAUGAUUGAUCUCUAUGGAAGGUCAGGUUUACUAAAAAAGGCUCAACAUAUUAUCAUGAAGAUGUCAUUUGAGCCAACAGAGGAAAUGUGGGCCACACUGAUUGGGGCAUGCCGAAUCCACGGGAACACCGAGAUUGGUGAGUGGGCAGCUGAGAAAUUGCUGGAAAUGAGGCCAGAUAAUUCUGGGUACUAUGUUUUGAUAGCAAACAUGUACGCUGCUGCUGGCAGUUGGAAUAAACUGGCUAAUGUAAGAACCUUAAUGAGGGACUCAGGUGUGAGGAAAGAUCCAGGAUGUGCUUGGAUUGAUAUGAAAGCUGGAUUUUCCUCCUUCAUGGUUGCAGACACCACAAACAGUCAAAGAUUGGAAAUUUAUUCUCUGUUGGGAGGGCUUACUAGGCAAAUAAAAGACGCUUCACACUCGUCUAAUGAAGAGUCGACAUCAGAUGAAGAAGAAGCUUAUGAAGCAUUGGCUGCGUAGAACUUUGACAGAAACAUUUUUCUUCUUUUGAAGAGUACACGUGUCUGUAGUGACAAGAGGUGAAACAUUAGACCUCCCGGGGGGGAUAUCAUAGUUUCAAUUCUUGAAAUCCUUUGGUGCAACAAUUGACCAAAGCAUUAGUUGGCAUUCAUUCAAAUAUGCUAAUGCAUUCUGAAAAAUUGCUGGAAAGAUUUUCUUGUAUCUUCAGUUUCUUUUUGGGAAGAAUCCGUUAUUUCUCGAGGAAGGUUUGAGGACUUUGAAUCCGAUGCUGUGGGAGAGACGAUGGAGGGUGAUAUAGUUCAUGCAAAGAUUAUGAAUUCUGUUUCUGCAGUUGCGAAGCAUAACUCCACAGUCCCCCCCCCUGAAGGGAAACAUUUAUCCAGAUGGGUAUACUACACUUAUGUGCUCAUAGGGAAUCUUCCUAAGCCAUACUUUCUUGAUAUGGAUACUGGAAGUGAUUUGACGUGGAUCCAGUGUGGUGCUCCCUGAACUAGCUGUGCCAAGGUGGUGCUUUUUUCUGGUGUUUCUACUUUCUAAUAAAUAUUGCCAAAUCACCUGUUAAUUGACCUGUCUAUUGUUUCACCAGGACUGCCGGUUUUAGAACCACAACCUGUUCAUACUUCAUAGUUUUAGAGAAUGUGGAACUGUGAACCGUCAGUUCCAGUUUGGAACAGGACACUUCUGGCUUGGAACUGUAAAAAAAGAAAAAAAAAAUGGAGUAGGCCAGAAGUAAUGAGGUACAAAUAAUCCUAGCCUUGUUUGUUGACAUACAUCACUAAUUUACGCUGGGUCCAUCUGGAAUGCGGGAAAUGGUGGGGAAAGAAAACAAAGGAAAAUAGAGGAGAAAUUCAAAGGAAAAAAUGUUGGCUCAAACUCCAUAAAUUUAUUUAGUAUUUGUCCGGAAUCAUUUUUAUCUAUUCAUAAAUACUAAUCCCUAGAUAUAUACAACAUACUCCUUAUAUUUUAUUCAACAAUAUUAGUCUUAUUGCAAAUUCCUUUGCAUCCUCUAAGUUGAAUCCAAAGUUUGGAUUUAACAAUAUUAGUCUACACAUGGUAAGUCAUGGAAAUGAAAAUGGUAGUGGCUUAAAUACAAGCCAUGAUAAACCAAUAAUGACAUGGAUUGAGAAUUCAAAAAAACACAUUUGGGGGGUUGGACUUCAAUACUGUGCCUACCCGCCCCAUGCUCUUCCAACUCUCUAUCAAAUAAGCAGUUGUCUGCUCCUUCCCCCGCCUAAACCCAUUCAUUGUGAUGCCAGUAAACUCCCUCUUCUCCUCAUUUGUCUCCCCAGGUAACUGUUAUUUUCCUUCAAAUAGUUUACCCAUUUCCUGUAAAUAUUGUAUUUGAAUGUGUCAUAGAUGUCCCCGAAGUUCUUGAAUAUUCUCAACCAGUACUUGUUUGAGAUAAAUGUUCAGUUGUUCUUACUAGCUAUUUUUGGAGUUAAUUGCCUCAACAUAGUUUAGCUCAACUUUCACAUUUAACACGUCCUAAUUCCAUCAUUUGAUAUGCUAUAUGAUCUUAUCUUAUAUAGUAAUUGCCCUAAAUAGGAUUAAGUGGAAACUUAAUUGCCAAAAUAGCACUAAAACCUAAAUCUUCCACAAAUAGGACUAAACAUUAAUUUUCUACCCUUUUUUGAAACAAUUAAUUUCUACCCUUAAUUACCCCUAGGGGUAUUAAUUCAUAAUAAAAUGUUUUAAUUCAUAAAAAAGUCGUAAAAAAUAAUAAAAUUCGUAAGAAAAUAAUAAAAAAUUAAUAAAAUGCUCCGUAUUUAUAAUAUAAUUUUUUUAUUUUUUUAAAAUAAAAAUAUUUAAAAAAUUAAUAAAACAUAGUGAAAACACAUAAAAAAUAUAAAAAUAAUAUGGAUGCCUUUCCCAUCGCCUCUACUGCCUCCCAGCACCACCACCUCCGAUCGGUAAGGAGGUAGUAUCUAGGACAACUUAAAAUUGAAAGGGAGUCAAUUAAAUUGCGGGACGGAGGAAGUACUAAUUUGAAAGGGAGUCCUGCAUGCUUUUUGGCUUGAGAAUAUAAUGGAAUAAAGCAAAAUGUUUCACUAGUCAACAAAUUUUUACACAGUCAGACCAUGCAAUUUUCAACGCGAUUUCACCGCUAGUCAUCCGGAAAUAGUCUGUGUGCUUCAGUACAGGCGUAAGGUUGUGUACAUCCGACCCCCCCCCCCCCCCCCCCGUGUAGGUAGGAGACUUUGAUGAUGAUGUUAACUACAAAGGCCACCUCAAUGACAAUUUGUUCACCAAUGUUCCAAAUAUAUCAAUACUAGGGUGGCAGGUGCAUGAGAAAGAUGUGAUUGGUAUUACUCACCAUCCCCAUAAAAAUCUUGUUGCCACCACAUACGGUGAAGACUGCACAAUGAAAUUAUGGAAGCCAUAGCCCAUACCUGUUCUUUGAAGAUUUCUGGAAUGGAUUUUAUGAUAGUUCCACCAUUUUCUUCUCAAAAAUUCAUAUUUAAUUUUGUACUAUCAAAUGUACUUGUGUUUGAGACUCCGAGCAUAUGCAAUCAUGGAUAUGACAGUGUAUCUGUAACAAAGAAGUGAGCCAUUUUGCUUUAUUUGUUCGAUUUAUAUUGUAGAUAUGAAGAAAUUGUGGAUAUUUGUUCGGAGACAGGUCGGAAACAGCUUCAAUGUAAUGGGUAGUGGAUAUGACUGUAUCUGUAAAUUUGUUCGAUUUAUAUUGUGUUACUAUUCAGACUCCCAACUCGUGCGAUUCAUGUACUUGCUGUUUGGCAGAUCAAACCUAAAAUUGU